UUUUCCUCCUUUCUGCUGUGCAUAUAAUAAUUUAUGAAAAUAAUCUAACAAGAUAGCGAAUGUGCUAGUUGAUAACCUUUAGAUUUCCUUUUAAAAUGAACUUGUGAAAAAUCAUUUCCAAGUAAUUAUCUGAGCUUAUCUUAUCUGCUUGCAUCAGUGUACUUGAGAACGUUGAAGUUUGUAUCCAGCCAAAGAAAAAUAAUCUCAAUAUUAUGCCUUGAAACUAAUCAUUCCCACUAACAAGUGUGUCAUAAGCACAUGUUAAAAAUAGCAGGAAUUCAGCAUUUCUGCAGAAUACAUCAUUCACAUCUAUAAGAUCUGGACACCAUCCUUCCAACAUACUGCUACACCAGAUUUCCCAGCCAACAACUGGUAUAAGCAAUGGGCUCUUUUAAGCCGAACUUAGAAAAUUUGGAUGUGAGCCAUGAAGUUCUUCAACUGAUUGAACGGAUGCUAGAUAUGCUGAACGACAAGGACCAGAAGCUGUACGAGCUGCAAGGCGAAGUAGACGAAGUCAGAAAAACAGAAGCACAGCUGCGGACGUCGGUGGGCGAGAAGGCGCGGGAACUGGCCGAGUCCCAGCGCCAGGUGGAGCAGCUCAGGAGGAGGGAGAAGCAGCUCGCGAGCCAAGUGGAAGAGCAGCAGAAAACAAUCAGUGAGAAACAGAAGAAAGUGGAUCAGUUGAAAUCUUCGCAAAAACAACUUAGAACUACGGUCGAGUCCUUGAACGCAACUGUGCAGAGCACUGUCAUGUGGACGUUGGUGGAGGCGUACAGCAGCGGCGGCAAGUGGUCGGACCUGCAGCACGGCCUGAAGAAGGCGCUGGCCAAGGGGAGCGAGGCUCGCCGGCAGCUGCGCGCCGUCUCCAAGCACCCCCGCCAGCCGCUGAGGGCCGUGUGCGGGGACGGGCGGGCCGCGCUGCUGCAGCUGCUGCUGGACGCGGGGCUGCCCGCAGGGGGGGUCGUGGGCGGCGACACCCCGCUGCACGCGGCGGCUGCGGCCGGCGGCGCCGAGGCCCUGCAGCUGCUGCUGGACCGCGGCGCGGACCCGGCGACCAGGAACCCCCGCGGGCAGACGCCCCUGGUGGCGGCCGCCGUCGAGGGGCGCGAGGCCACCGCGAAGCUGCUGCUGGCCCGCGGGGCGGACCCGGACGCCCGCGACGCGGAGGGCCGCACGGCGCUGCACUGGGCGGCGGCGCGCGGGCACCCGGUCCUCGCCGGGCUGCUGGUGGCCUCCGGGGCCGACCCGGAGGCCAGGGACUCCGCUGACGCCACUCCCCUGGACCUGGCCCGGACCCACGGCCACGACCAGCUGGUGGAGUUCCUCUCCUCCCGCACGCGCUAGCCACUGUGCGUGGCCUUCCUUGCCUUUUCAAAACACCUUUCUUUGAAUUAUUCAUCCCAUUUCAUACAUCCGCCAUUGCAGUUUUGCACAUAAUUGUAAAAUAAGAAAUAAAAAUGAAAACAAACCCCCAGAAAACAAGCCCAAAUCAGUUUUCCAAACAGACAAACCCAACACACUGUGCUCGUUGUUGCUGUCGUCAUUGUGUUGAUCAUCAUACCUAUUUAGGUUCACCGUUGAGUUUAUCUGUUUGAAAUAAGCUUAUUUAGGUUGUUUUCUGUGGAAUGGUUUUCAUUUUUCUGUCUUAUUUUGCAAUUAUGAAUUUUUCCCGUGACAGACAGUGAAAACUUGUAAUAUAAUGGCGUAUGUCCAAGAAAGUGUAUAAAAUUUGAAAUGACUGUCCAAAUUUAUUUCUCUUUGGAACAGGAAAACACCAAUCUAUUUUAAAGUUAAAUUUUUCGUCAUAAGUAUAUUCCACACUUGUCCAGAUUAUGUAGAAUGCAGUCUAUUCCUGCAUUGGCCGUUGGCUUUUCAUCUACAAGGUAAUUGCGACCCAACAGUCGUCACUUCGAAGAAUCCAGUUACACGUAAAAAACUCAUUAAUUUCAAAAAUGUUACAUGUAAAGCCUCCUAUCACAGGAUGGGGGUUUCCUUGAAAGGUAUGCCAUGGCAGCUGGUAUAGAUGGUUCUGUGACAGAAUUUGCAGAGCGCUGGAUGUUUUCAUAGAAGUUUUUAUAAUUGGUCAUGCUCGAAGGUUUCGAACAAGGUUAAAACGUUAGCCAAUAAUAAGUGUUAUUGUGCUCUUAGUAUUAAAAACAUUAAUUUAUUUUGGAGGUAAUUGAAGUGUUUGAAUCACUGAUUUUAAAUGCGGUAAACAUUGGUCUGUUGAAGCAGUUUCAGCAUUAUGCAACAAUCCAUUUUUAUAUUAUGCAAAAUUUACCAAGAAGCAUUCUGAACUAAACGCCAAUUGCAGCAAUGUCAAUGCAUUGCGACCAUCAUUUCUUUUUUUAUCCACUCUUUCGUGUACACUGAAAGACCUUUAUUGAACCCUUCUUCCUGAAGUUAUACCUCAUUUUCGGUAAUUAUUGCUGCCGUACUUAAAAUUAAUUUUCGUCGAGUAGGAAGCAUUUGUUUACAAUGUCGCCUCGCACUAGCUAGACCUGCACCAGCCACAAUUCUACGUGUGAUAGUUUCUUCCAUAGAAACACCCAUACCUGCUGCUACUGAGGCUUGGCUAGCAGUUUUGCUGGAAGCCUCUAGCAGAGCCUGUACGAAACCUUUCAUCGUGUGGUAGGGCCUUAUGAAUUACUCAAAACGAUUUAAUGUGUAAACUGAAGCCUUAAUAACAUGACUGAGAUAACUAAUUAUUGGAAACCACUCAUAGGUCUAUGGGUUGUUCAUUGGGGUUAAUUCUUAUCAGUAUGAUCGAUUUGUGAAUGGCAACAAAUCAUUUGAAGGACGUGUUAUAUCGUAAUAAGGAUAAUUAAAACAUUGUUCUUUAAUAUAAUUUUUUCCUAUAAAUGUUCGCCACACCAUUUUAAAAUGUAAAUUUUUUUACUGGUCUGAUGUAACCGAUCCUUCAAUUCAUAACCAUUUAAGUUUGUUAGAUUUUUUAGGUAUGAACCAAAUGUUAUUUUUUGUGAUAACUAUUUGUGUUCAAAUCUUAAUAUUUUUUCCUCAAAUUCUGAUAUUGCUAGGACUACCUCUCUUCGUGGAGAGGUAUCACUACCUAGUACAUAUUUAGACUCUAACCUAAGUGUUAAACAGCUAAUCAGCUAACGAUCACAUAACUAGUUAGAUAUUUAUAGAAUAGCAAUGUUUAAUGGCCAACUAAAUCCAGUGAGAACUAACCAAAUGUCAGAAUGAAGAGAUUUUAAGCUGAUUUUAAAAACUUUUUCCGUUCAUUUCCGAAGAGUUCUGGUGGUUUUGCGACACUGAUUAUUUUGCAUGCUCUAUUAUCUCCCAGUUAAUUAGAAUCGUAGUUUAUGGCUUCUCUCGGUCAGUAAAAUUACAAUGUUCGAAACCAGUGACUUAUAUUAAAUGUUUCUUCGGGAUUUUACAAUUUCUUGCCAUUAAAGACUGGUCACUCUCUUGCUGAGUACAUGUGAAGCAGAGUCGAGCUUAGCACUGGCCACGUCUGCGUGGGAUCUGAACACAGUGUUUCGCGUGAUGAGACUACACUUCUACUGCGCAUGUGCCCACGCCACACAAUGCACACGCAAUGUUCAAACACCAGAUUUUUAUGAGGGCGAAUGAUAGUGUUUGUGCACCACAGAUCAUUACUUGAUUAUUCCUGCAUACGUGCGAAGGAGUUAUCUACAUUCCAACCGGUUUCAGCAUGAUAACAAGAAAGUUGUUUAUGAUUACAGACGAUUUGCUAGCUCAAAAUAAACCCUGAUUGUUCAUAUCUGACACUUAGAAGAGAUAAUACUUCAACAUGAGAUUACUAUAGCUGAGAAAUAGGUUUGCCACAUAAGGUUCACUUUUCCUAGAAUGAAGAAAGUAAAAAAGUAACGAUUAAAAUGUAUUCUGGCCUUACUUUAAUCACAUAUGUUUACGUCAGAUAUUGAUCUAUAUGCCUAUCCUUCACUUAGUUUAACAAUUUUUCACAGUGCUUGAUUGAUUAGUAUUGCUACACAUUGUAAUUUAUUCCUUCAGUUAGAAGCACUAGCUUCUUAAGAGUAAUCCGUGGUGAUGGAUGUGAUAAUUAUAUUAUUUCGUAAUCUGUGGAGUAGGGUUUUAUCUGGUUGUUUAUUUAGCUAGGACAAAAUGUAUUUUAUUAUAUGCAUGUAUAUGUGCAAUUAUACUGACUAAUACUGUAAAUGUUGGCUUUCAAGUUAUUCAAAAUCAUAUAUUCUCUAAAAAUCUUUAAACAUUGUUGUAAUAUCUUAUAAUUACUAAAAAUUUGUUUUCAUUAUAUUUUGUUAAAAGUAUACAAAAUAAACUUAUGAC